UCACUUGCCUAAUUUAAAAGUGUGUUUUUCUGACCUUAGGCUUUUAGCCCAGCUGCCAAGAGCAAAUGUUGUUCUCUUGCGAUACCUUUUUGGAGUGCUAUACAACAUUGAGCAACAUUCCUCAUCCAAUCAGAUGACAGCUUAUAAUUUAUCCGUUUGUAUAGCCCCAAGCAUUCUUUACCCACCUGAUUCCAACAGCUUGGAAUUGGAAGACAACUUGAUAAAAAAGAUUUGUCUUGUACAAUUUCUUAUUGAAAAUUGCCUCAGAAUAUUUGGAGAAGACAUCACUUCCCUCUUGGGAGAGAACUCAAUGAGUCGUGGUAACAGCGAGAAGGCUGCAGAUUACGGCCAGAAGACUGUGACACACCGUUCUUUCAGAGCCAGGGCCUUUUGUCGGGGUUGCAGCACUUGCCAGCACUACCAGUGCAUAGCCCCACCUUCCGCAAAGCCAGGGCAGCUCUUUGGAGUUUCCCUCAUGGAUAUGUGUUAUAAAGACAAGCUACCCUUCCCAAUUCUGGAUAUGCUUUCCUUUAUUAAUCAAAAAGGGCCACUCACAGAAGGCGUCUUCAGCAAAUCAGCCAAUAUAAAAUCCUGCUAUGUCCUAAAGGAGAAACUGAAUUCUGGAGUCAAACUGAACCCGUACAGCGAAUCUGUUCAUGUGGUCGCAUCCCUCUUUAAGGAUUUUCUUAGAAAUAUCAAAGGAAGCAUAUUUUUAUCUGAUCUCUAUGACAAAUGGCUCGGUGUUAUUGAUCAAGGCAACAAAGAGGAAAAGAUAACUGCAGCCCAGAGGCUUUUACCCCAGCUGCCAAGAGCAAAUGUUGUUCUCUUGCGAUACCUUUUUGGAGUGCUAUACAACAUUGAGCAACAUUCCUCAUCCAAUCAGAUGACAGCUUAUAAUUUAUCCAUUUGUAUAGCCCCAAGCGUUCUUUACCCACCUGAUUCCGACAGCAUGGAAUUGGAAGACAACUUGAUAAAAAAGAUUUGUCUUGUACAAUUUCUCAUUGAAAAUUGCCUCAGGAUAUUUGGAGAAGACAUCACUUCCCUCUUGGGCGAGAACUCAAUGAGUCGUGGUAACAGCGAGAAGGCUGCAGACUCCGGCCGGAAGACUGUGACAAGCCAUUCUUUCAGUGACAGGGCCUUUUGGUGGGGCUCCAGAACUUGCCAGCACAACCAGUGCACAGCCCCACCUUCCGCAAAGCCAGGACAGCUAUUUGGAGUUUCCCUCAUGGAUGUGUGUGAUAAAGACAACUUGCCCUUUCCAAUUCUGGAUAUGCUUUCCUUUAUUAAUCAAAAAGGGCCACUCACAGAAGGCGUCUUCAGCAAAUCAGCCAAUAUAAAAUCAUGCAGAGUCCUAAAGGAAAAACUAAAUUCUGGGGUCAAAUUGAACCCGUACAUCGAAUCUUUUCAUGUGGUCGCAUCCGUCUUCAAGGAUUUCCUAAGAAAUAUCCAAGGAAGUAUAUUUUUAUCUGAUCUCUAUGACAAAUGGCUCGGUGUUAUUGAUCAAGGCAACAAAGAAGAGAAGAUAACUGCAGCCCAGAGGCUUUUAGCCCAGCUGCCAAGAGCAAAUGUUGUUCUCUUGCGAUACCUUUUUGGAGUGCUAUACAACAUCGAGCAACAUUCCUCAUCCAAUCAGAUGACAGCUUAUAAUUUAUCCGUUUGUAUAGCCCCAAGCGUUCUUUGCCCACCUUAUUCCGACAGCAUGGAAUUGGAAGACAACUUGAUAAAAAAGAUUUGUCUUGUACAAUUUCUCAUUGAAAAUUGCCUCAGGAUAUUUGGAGAAGACAUCACUUCCCUCUUGGGCGAGAACUCAAUGAGUCGUGGUAACAGCGAGAAGGCUGCAGUAGUGUCAGGAAAUCCACCUCUUGAAUCCAAGCCAGUGAGAGUGAGAGUGAUUUACAAAAAGGCACAACUGCAGAAUGAUACGAAGACCCCAUCUGGCAUGGUUCCACCCAGCUACCUGUCUACAGUUUUCUAAGUCACUGAAGGCUACCAUCCCCAUAAUGACACUUGACUCUUCCGUUUUCUUUAGUUCCUAUAAAAUAGAAAAUAAAAUGAACUGUUUUUCCAAUGAAUGAAAAAUGAGCCCCUUCCAAGGAACUUGCUCAUCCCAUUUGAAUUUUUCUUGCCUCAUCUCAUAUUAUCCAUAUUGAGGAAAUCUUCCCACAAAGUAUCUCCUCUGUCUUCGAUACCUACCAUCUCAUAUUAUGUACUUUGUUGCAUUGAAGUGUAUUGCAUAUUUUUAUACUGAUGCAAUAAAAAUAAUUCCAUCACUCAGUGGGUUAGACAACCAUUUUACUUGUUUAUGAUUCAUAUCAACACUUCAGUGGAGGCUCAUCUGAGCAGUUCUGGUCUCAGCUGAGGUCACUUGAGCACCUGCAGUCAGCUGGCAGCUCAUCUGGAGCUAACCUAGGAGUCUGUUUAUUGGUGUUGGCUCUCAGCUGGUCCCCAUGUCUUCAACGAGCUAGCCUGUCCUUCUGCAUGUGGUGGAGGAAGAGUUGCCAGAAGCAAGAAAGGCUUUUCAAGAGUUAAUGUGGGAGAGGACUGUGCAAAGCACCAUGCCAAAGACAGUGAUUUACAAGACAAGGAGGCAUUCAUUAUUUAUUAAGACCACACAUGAUAAUCAAAACUCAAGGCAGCACCACUACUACACAUAUCCUUUUUUUUUUUUUUUAAAGAUUUUUUAUUUAUUUAUCUGAGAGAGAGAAUGGGAGACAGAGAGCAUGAGAGGAGGAGGAUCAGAGGGAGAAGCAGACUCCCCGCUGAGCAGGGAGUCCGAUGCCGGACUUGAUCCCGGGACUCCAGGAUCAUGGCCUGAGCCGAAGGCAGUUGCUUAACCAACUGAGCCACCCAGGCGCCCCUACACAUAUCCUUUUAUUCAUCGGCUUUUAAUCCUCAGUGGAUUAUAAUCAGCAUUUCCUAAAAGGCAUUCAAAGUGUGGUAGGAAGUAUCUUUGAAAUAAUAACUGAUUUUUUACCUCAGGUAUUCUUUGCCUCUAUCCUUGUUCCGGUCUUAAGCUGUCUUACGGACAACUAAAUCACUUCCUCAGGGAAUAGAAGCUAUAGGAGAACAUGAGGAAAAGGGAGCCCUUUGUUGCUUAUGAGUUUUAAAAAUUUAGCUUUC